AUGAAGGUCUUAGUCCGGAAAGCUUCAGUUGCCUGCCUUUCUUUAAUAAGUGAAUUGGUCGGAGGAAAUUCUUUUAGCUCCGGCGGCUUUUCAGGUAAUGGAAGUUGCUUGGAGGACCUAGAUUGUACAUGUCAGCAUCUCUUCCAGAUGCACAUAACUAGUAAAAACAGUGCAUAUGAAUGGUUGAAGUUUGGUUCGGUGGUUGUAUGCAGCUUUGUUUAUGGUAAUAACAAUUCAAAUACAAAGACUAAAUAUGAGACAUACACACCUUUAAGAGAGGAAAAGAGUCCUGUUGUGCAGCUGAAUGAAGCUCCUACCAGCCAACAACAUGCGGUUGCUUGGCCAUCAGAUCCCAGAAACUCCCAGCAUACUGAGAUUGACCUAACCCCACAACUGGACCACCACCAGACACUGAAUGAGUUCAUCAGCAUUGCUGAGUCAGAAGUGGGGUCCGUAACAAAUUUGUAUUCUGUGGUGGAUAGAAAUGCCGAUGCAUUGGCCUUAUAUUUUGGUGAAGAUCCUGCUCGUUGCCCUUUUGAACAAGUUAUAGAGAGGCUUGUGAAGUUUGUGAGGGUGUUUAGAAAAAAAAAAGCUCAUGAAGAAAACUUUAAACAGGCUGAAAUGGAAAAGAAGAAAGCCCAGAAAGAGUCUGAAUGGCGUUUUUCAAAUGGUGCGAGGGAGCCACUUCCAUUGAUAAUCCACCAUCUUCCAGUUGCAGUAACAUUUGGAUUCAUUGGUAAAGAAAACACUAUGGUGAUUGACCCAACACACUAUGAAGAGACUGUGAUGGGUGGAUCAAUGACUACUACACUUAACACAAAUGGUGAUGUUUGUGCUAUUUAUAAAGCUGGAGGUGAGGGGGUCCCACACAGUGUUACCAUGCAGUGUUUGCGUAUUGCUUCUGUUAAAGCUGAUGAUAUAACAAACAAGAUAAAGAAUUUUGUGGAAUCAUAUAAUACAGAAAGGUCAUUACGGAAAGUCAAACGUCACAAUCCUUCAACUAUUGUGAUUGAAUUUGGUCAACAGGGUUGUGGUGACGUGGCAAAACAUCAUAUGGAAAGAUUAAAUUUGGGUUCGGAUGAAUCUAGUGUAAUUAGUCAUAGUGAUGACGUGGAAAUUGGAAGAAAAUUAAUCAAAAAUGAUAAAAUGGAAAAGAGAAACAUCACUGCGAAAGGCUCUAGUGGUGGGCCCGCAACUUGGUAUGUCAAAUCCAUUGAGAGAUGCAUCAAUAAGGCUAACAGUGCUGAACUUAACCUAUUUCUAGAAGUAGAAGUUGGACUGGAUUUGUUCCCCAUUCCUCCACCUGCGAAGACUAAGGAGGAGAUUCUGCUUUUCUUUAAACUUUAUGAUCCUUUAAAAGAAGAGCUUCGCAAUGGAAAGAUAGUUAUGGCAUUGGGGGGAGGAUUCAAUCUCAACUCAAUAGCAAAUUCAGUACUUUCUUAUGUAUAA